UCCAAACUUUAAAGUAAACAACGCAUAAUGCUAUGUUAGCCGGUCAGCAGCGAUACUGCAUGAGCAAUGGUGUUCAAGUGGUCUUUUUCUGUGCCUUAUCAGCGCUGGGUUCGUUAUCAGCAGCGAGGAAAGAAAGAGCCGAACCCGGCUGGUGCUUGAUAUCGAUAGGGGCGCGAUGUAUCGACAUGGGCCACCACUAUUGAUUCUGUGGCUUUAUGCCGUUCUGGAAGUGUACGCCGUCCGUCUAGCUGCUCGCCAUGGUUAUGCUGUUGGACCGUAAGAUGCCGGUAAGGCAUGUGGUACUGCUCGGUGCUGCCGUGCUGGUGAUAUGCCUGUUCUUCAUCUACGACAAAUGCAUGCUGGAAACGAUCAACUCGUACAAGGUGCUGGAAGACCAUAACCGUGCCCGGGCCGAGCGGAUCGAGCAGGAAGUGGGGCGGACCGGUCGCACCCGCUACAUACUGCUGUACACCAGCUUCUUCGAGGAGAAACGGUGGGGCCUGCAGGCGGAAACGCUCGGACCGGAGUUCUUUGCGAUGAAGCACUGCCCGGUGACGGAGUGUGUGAUGACGAGCUACCAUCAGCUGCUGCCGUCCGUCACCGAGUACGAUGCGGUCGUGUUUCACGUUGCGACGAGCUGGGAUGGACCGCUGCCGACGGUGCGCAGCCCGCAUCAGGUGUAUGUGGCCGCGCUGAUGGAGUCACCGGCCCACACCAAGCACAUGCUCAGUUUGGACGGGCAGUACUUCAACUGGACGAUGACGUACCGGCUGGAUUCGGACGUGCUGUUCAACUAUCUGGACGUGGUCGAUCUGGAGAGUGGGGAAGUGAUCAGUCCGGCCGUGUACCCGAGCUGGCGCAACGGGUUCCACGAGUUUAGCAAUGCGACGCUGGUGGAGACGGUGUCCAGCACCAAGCACAAGAUGGCGGCCCAGUUUGUAUCGCACUGUGGGGCACUGUCUGGGCGUGAUCGGCUGGUGAAGAAGAUGCAAUCGAGCGGGUUCGAGGUGGACGUGUAUGGAACGUGUGGUCCUUUAACGUGUCCCCGUGGGAAACCGGAAUGCGAAGAGAUGCUGGACACGGUGUACUGGUUCUAUCUGUCGUUUGAAAACUCACUCUGCGUCGACUACGUUACCGAGAAGCUGUACAACGCGCUCAAGCACAACAUUGUGCCGGUCGUGUACGGUGGUGCCGAUUACAAUCGCUUCAUGCCACCCGGUUCCUACAUCGACGUACAGGACUAUGGGACGGUGAACGAACUGGUAGACUACCUGCGCUACCUGGUAGACAACCCAACCGAGUACGUCCGGUACUUCUGGUGGAAGCAGUACUACACACUCGAGCACACCAACUCGUACUGCGAUCUCUGCAUGAAGCUGCACAGUGCCGAUGCCCGGGAAAAGGUACAGUAUUACCGUAAUAUUAAGAAUUGGUGGUAUGAUGAUGCAUGCACGGCGAAGCCCAAGAUUCAAUUUUAAGCUCAUUAAGGUUAGGGGAUGGAAACAUUCGAUCGAUGGUUGUGUUAUAACUCUUCAAGCGAUGGUUUAACGGAUGAAUAAGCUAUAACUUUUGGCACCUGCUAACUGUCCAGAGUAUUGAAGUACCCACCGGCCUUUCGUUAUAGGGUUUACAGUAUGAAAAGCUUUACUUAAAGAUUCGAGCCAAAACUGUUAGAAUAUGCUUUAAUUAAUCCUCGCAAUCAUUGUGUGCCUUCGAUAAAUGUGGUGGAUACGAUAGCUAGGGAGGCGAAAUACUCUCCUAACCAGUGAAGACGUUCGGCUCGUACCGGAAUACCAUUACCGGUUGAGAUCUUAAUCAGCUGCUUGUGUCAAUUAAUAAGCAAAAACUGGUGAAAUGCAUGACCUAACUUGCUUGAUUUUAAUAUAACAAUUUUUAUCAACUUUACUAACUAGUUAUACAAAAAGGCAAUAGUUUUAUGUAAAACUGACCAACUCCAGGGGGAAUAUAAACAAAGACUGCUAUUACUUUGAAGAAAAAAAAAAUCCUGACUAUGAACCAAACGAGGUUUGUCUUCUGAAACCUGGAUGGAAGAUAAUUAGGUGUAAAGUGAUACAGUAAUAUACUUUCUACUUGAUAUAUUUUUAACAUUUUACUUAACACUAGGUUUACGGGCGUUUCUAUAAUACCUAUCUUUACGUGUAAUCUGACGGAUUUUACCACACAGAAUUAUCUUAUAGUAUAAGAAAUUUAUAAUACGUUUAAACAUAAUAAUUUUGGGUAUAAAUUCUUUUGUCGGAGGUAUAAAUUUGAUCUAAGUCCGUAAUUAAUUUUAAAACUAGGAAUCCGUUAAAUUGAUGGGCCCCAUAAACCUGGUGUUUAAAAUUCUGUUGCUUUCCUCUUGAAACAUCAGGGACAAUUUCAAUACUGGUUCUUCCAUGCCCUUAAAGCACUCAAAACUAGAUGAAAAAAGAUUAAAUAUUAAACUACUAAAGAUUUAAAUAGAAAUAGAAAAUAACGAACAUAAUAUCACAAAACGUUCAAAUAAAUAACACAAUUAAAUUUA